AAUUCAUAAAAUGAAUUUGAUAUGACAAUGACUUUGAAAGCUGACUAUACCUUAGAGCUUGGUAUACAAUAACUAAUACAGAAUUUUCAACACCUUUGUAAUAAUUUGUUGUAUUUUACGCGGUUUAUUGAAAUUGUAUAACCAUGAGUCAUUCUAUGAGCAGUCCUAGAAAUAUCCAACUAGUGUUUGAGACCUACCAGAAAGCUAGACUGGUUUUUGUACAAACUAUGGCUGAGCUGGCUACAAGAGCUACUAACGUGAAAUGUUUGGAAAGUGCCGGUGUCUUGGAACUUCUUCGGCCUCUACUAUCGGACGCGUGCAGCACGGUGCGGCAGUGUGCGGUGGUGGCGGCCGCGCGGCUCUGCGAGCACGAUGAGGAUAUCGCGAGGCAGAUGCUCAACGGCGGCAUGCUCACCAUCACCCUCGAGAACCUCAACAAGUAUAACGUCUAUUACAAAAGAUCUGCGCUGUAUUUAUUGAGAGCAGUUGCAAAGCACAAUGAAGAAUUAGCCGGUGCUAUAGUCCGUCUUGGUGCAUUGGAGCAUAUCGUGUCAUGUCUGGAAGAUUUUGAUACACAAGUUAAGGAAAACGCAGCGUGGGCGCUAGGCUACAUCGGCAAGCACAAUGAGAACCUGGCGGGGCUGGUGGUGGACGCGGGCACCUUACCGCUACUCGUGCUCGCCUUUCAGGAGCCCGAGAUCAGCUUGAAACAGAUUUCUGCUGGAGCGUUGGUGGACCUGGCCCAGCAUAAGCCUGAAGCAGUGGUGGACGCUGGCGCAAUCUGCCAUCUCGUGAGAGGACUCGAAAACCAAGACCCGAAAUUGAAGCGCAGCACGCUGAUGGCGCUGGGCGCGGUGGCGGGCGCUCGCUCGGAGCUGGCGGAGGCGGUGGUGGCGGGGGGCGCGCUGCCGCCCGCGCUACUGCACGCCGGACACGACGCCGCCGCCGUGCGCCGCGCCGCCGCCUGUCUGCUGCGUGACAUCGUCAAGCAUUCCAUUGAUCUGGCGCAACUGGUGGUGAACACUGGUGGGUGCGGGCCGCUGGUGGAGCUGCUGAACGAGCCAGCGGGCGGCGCGCGCGUGCCCGCCUGCAUGGCGCUCGGCUUCAUCGCCGGCCAGUCCGACCAGCUGGCCAUGGCCGUUGUCGAGUCCAAGGCCAUCCCAGGGCUGGUGGAGAUCCUACAGAACAUUGACUCCGAGGACGCGGAGCUGUGCGCGGCCGCAUGGACUCUCGGCCACAUCGCCAAGCACUCGCCGCAGCACAGCCUCGCCGUCGCCGUCGCUAACGCUCUGCCCAGACUAUUACAGUUGUAUACCAAUCCAAAAUCUUCACCUGAAGUGAGGGCUCGAGCUUCAUGUGCUUUGAAGCAAUCUCUGCAGUGCUGCCUACACAGGCCUGCGUUGGAGCCCUUGCUGCAUGCUGCACCCGCUUGUAUUCUCAAAUAUGUGCUUGCACAGUAUGCAAAGAUACUUCCAAAUGAUGCUAGAGCCAGGAGACUAUUCGUGACAACGGGGGCUUUGAAACGAGUCCAAGAAAUAGAUGCUGUUCCCGGAACUUCAUUGAAAGAAUACAUAAAUAUUAUAAAUAGUUGCUUUCCUGAAGAAAUCGUACGAUAUUACACUCCUGGUUAUUCAGACUCUCUCCUUGAUAGAGUUGAAGCAUAUACUCCACAGGUACCGGAGCUUUUCACCGACAGGGUUCCAAGCGACUGUCAAAGUGAAUUGACAAUAGAAAAUGGAAAUUAAACGCAUGUGAUGGUUGGAAUACAAUCUGUAAUUUAUAUAUUAAAGGUUUU